AUGCUGCUGUGGUUGGCUGCAGUCUCUAAAAAGGUUCAAGCAAUUUUUUUACAGCUUAGUGUCUGUGGCUCCGUAAUUAAUUGUAGCUAGCUGUCUCAUAUCGACGUGUUUUUAAGGAACAUGAAAUAGUUGUUGUGUUUUUUAAUUAGAGGAGUUGCCAGAGCAAGAGAUUUGAAGUCCGACUGCUGCUGCCGCCGCCGCUACUGCUGGUUGUUGCGACUCUAUCUUACUUGUGAUGUUGGAUAUGGGAGAAAGGAAAGAAGUAAAAAUGAUUCCUAAAUCAUCGUUCAGUAUAAACAGUCUGGUUCCCGAAGCCGUGCAAAGCGACAACCACCACCACCACCACCACAGAGCGGUGCACGAGGAAGAGGAGAAGACUCCUUUACCUGUCCAAGCGCAGGAGCAAAAGUCGGAGAGCACUUGCGCUAAAAGUGACAAUUCAUCCCACGACUCCUCGUGCACCGACGAGAAGGACAAGCAGGAAGAGAAACGGGACUCGAAGGAAGGCGAAGGAGGCAAAGACGGCGACAAGAAAAACGGCAAGUACGAGAAACCGCCUUUUAGCUACAACGCUUUGAUUAUGAUGGCCAUUCGGCAGAGUCCGGAGAAGCGGUUAACCCUUAACGGCAUUUACGAGUUCAUUAUGAAAAAUUUCCCGUAUUACCGGGAGAACAAGCAGGGGUGGCAGAAUUCCAUCAGACACAACCUGAGCUUGAACAAAUGUUUUGUCAAAGUGCCCCGGCAUUACGAUGACCCCGGGAAGGGGAACUACUGGAUGCUCGACCCCUCCAGCGACGACGUGUUCAUUGGCGGCACGACGGGCAAACUUCGGCGGAGAUCGACCACUUCUAGGGCGAAGCUGGCGUUUAAAAGGGGCGCGAGGCUUACUUCCACCGGACUGACAUUUAUGGAUAGAGCUGGCUCUUUAUAUUGGCCCAUGUCGCCUUUCCUCUCGCUCCACCAUCCGAGGGCGAGCAGCGCGUUGAGUUACAACGGCACGUCGUCGGCUUACCCUAGUCACCCAAUGUCCUAUAGCACAAUGUUGACUCAAAACAGUUUGGGGAACAAUCACUCUUUCCCUGCCUCCAAUGGCUUGACUGUUGACAGACUCGUGAAUGGAGAGAUUCCGUACGCCACACACCACCUCACAGCGGCCGCUUUGGCCGCCUCAGUGCCAUGUGGGCUCUCCGUGCCCUGCUCCGGGACCUACUCUUUGAAUCCGUGUUCAGUGAACCUACUGGCGGGCCAGACCAGUUACUUCUUCCCCCACGUCCCUCACCCAUCCAUGACCUCCCAGAGCAGCACGUCCAUGAGCUCCCGGGCCGCCUCUUCCUCCUCCCCGCAAACGGCCUCCUCUCUCCCGUGUGACUCCUUAAGGCCUUCUCUACCUAGUUUUUCCUCCGGACUUUCCAGCGGACUUUCUGACUACUUCACACAUCAGAAUCAAGGGUCAACAUCAAAUCCACUUAUACACUAACUAGAAUCCACAGGAUCAGACUAUGUCUGGCAGUGUGUGCUGCAGUAGCCUGAAUCCACCCUGUGAUGCGUUACUCACCCAUGCUGAGAAUGUUUACAGUUGUAAUCAAGGUCCAUGUAACUUGUUUGUGAAAUGUUUUGCCUUUAUGUUUUAGAGGUGCUAUACAAUUUGCAAAUAGUAGGGCAUGAAGUCACAGUUUGAUUAAAUUGCUGUCAGUACAAAAAAGAAAGAAAAAGAAAACAGAAGCAUUGUGCAAAACCUAGACUGUUAUUUUGCAUCUCUUUAUAGAAGGAGUUUCAAUUUUCUCCCUUUAGACAAUCUUAUUAUUUAAAUUAAAAUAGAAAAAAAAAGAAACCAUGGCAUUGUACAACAAUUUGCUUUGCAUAUGAAGAACUGUAUAUUUGCUAUAUUUUGCAAGCAAUGUUUUGUGACAUUUUGUUUGUUGUCAAGACAGUAUUCCCCUGUUGCUAAUGUUUUUGCUGUAAAGGAGGAAACAUGCUGAUCUACUGUGACCCAGUAAAUUGUUACUUUGAGAGAUAAAAACAUAUCUGUUGUCGUUGAUUCCUUUGGGGAAAGCAGUCUUUGCACGACCACCGAAGCUUCUAGAUGUCUGUGUUUCCUGAAAUGUUUCCCAACAUUUGGCCAGUUUGCUG